AAAAUGCCUGAAAUACUCCACCUCCAAGUGGGUCAAUGUGGAAACCAAAUAAGCACUGAGUUCUGGAAAACGAUAUCCCAGGAACAUGGAAUUCAGGAAGAUGGAACUUUUACAGGUAAUUCUUGCCAAAAAGAAAGGUUAGAUGUCUAUUUCAAUCCUGGAAGAAACAAUAAGUGGGUCCCACGAGCUGUAUUAGUGGACUUGGAACCAGGGACGACUGACGUAAUAAAACAAAGUAAGUACGGAACACUUUUUCAUCCAGACAACAUUGUUUGUGGCGAGUCUGGAGCAGGGAACAACUGGGCGAAAGGCUUCUAUACAGAAGGCGCUGAACUAGCAGAGAGCGUUUUGGAAGUUAUUCGCAAGGAAACGGAACGGACGGAGUGCUUGCAAGGCUUUCAACUUACCCACUCUUUAGGCGGUGGAACUGGUUCAGGCCUUGGAACUUUAUUGCUUUCCAAAAUAUGUGAAGAAUAUCCUGAUCGCAUGAUGUGCACUUACUCUAUAGUGCCUUCGCUUCAAAAUUCCGACACUGUCGUUGAGCCAUACAAUUCUGCUUUUUCCAUGCAUCAGUUGAUUGAGCAUUCCAAUCAGACAAUUUGUUUAGACAAUCAAGCGCUGUACAACAUUUGCACCAAAACACUUAAACUUUCCAGCCCCAGUUUUGCUAAUAUGAACGAGCUGAUUUCUAAAGUAAUGUCCGGGGUCACCACUUGCUUGCGCUUUCCCGGCCAGCUAAAUGCCGACCUACGUAAGUUGGCAGUCAACAUGGUACCUUUUCCCCGGCUUCAUUUUUUGCUGUGCGGCCACGCUCCUUUGCUUUCGAGCAGUUCUAGAUCAUUUGAGAAUGUAACUGUUUUUGACCUGUUGCAGCAACUCUUUAACGCUGACAAUAUGAUGGUUGCCUGUAACCCGACCCAAGGAAAGUACCUUACCGUAGCGGCUAUGUUUCGUGGUAAGAUGCCCAUGACAGUAGCUGAAGAGCGUCUUCUUGAAAUUCAAAAGAAACAGGCGGACAACUUUGUAUACUGGAUUCCAAAUAACGUUAAAACUGCGUUUUGUGAUGUAAAUCCUUUAAAUGAAUUGAUGGCAGCUACUUUCCUUGGAAACAGUACAUCGCUACAAAGCCUCUUUAUCAGACUUAAAGAUCAGUUUUCAGCAAUGUUUAAAAGGAAAGCUUAUAUACAUUGGUACACUAAUGAAGGUAUGGAUGAGAUGGAAUUCACGGAAGCAGAAGAAAAUAUUAUUGACUUAAUUUCGGAGUAUCAACAAUAUGAAAGAGCUGAUGAUAACUGUAGUGAAGAGGAAUAA